UUUUGUUUGGCUUGGGUUUUUUUUCUAAGUUUUCCACUGACCUCCACAACUCCAGCUCGGGCAAACACAGAAUUGCAUCAUUUCUCAAAUGCAGCCUCCUGUCUCUCCUUCCCCCCCCAGAUCCAGCAAUAAGCCAACAUGAACGAGGUGGUGGAGACCCUGAGGAAGAUCGAGGACAAGUACAAGCUCUUCCAGCAGCAGCAGUUCACCUUCAUCAGAGCCCUGGAGCGCAGCCGGGAGGAAGCCCAUGACUUGAUCAGGCCCGUGUCAUCCAUUGUCCAGGUGCAGUGCUACAAGGACCACCACUGCUACAACUCCACCGACAGGCGCGUCCUCAACAUGUUCGUGUCCAUCUGCAGCGAGCUGCGCUGCCUCUGCCGCAGGAUGGAGGCGGUGCACGCCGGGGACAGCGUCACCAAGGGCCUUUUGGAGAAGUGCAAAGUGCUCCUGAACGACAGCAACGACCUCACUGCCCUGCGAGCCACCUACCCCCACCGUGUUGUGAACCUCCUGAGCCUGGAGGAAGCGAGGCAUCGCUACGGAGGGGUGGUGAGCCUGCUGCCCAUCGUGAUAGACAGCAUGAGGGAAUGGGUCACACACUCCAAGAGGAAGCUGCUCUGUGUUGUGAGUCCCUCGUGUGCCGUGUGCAAGAAGGAGACACCUGCUUCCCAAACAGAACCUGCAGUUCAGACCUCCGAUAGUAAUGAAAAUACUGUGCAAUUGCAGGAAAAAGAUUUCCAGAAAUUCCUGGCGGCAAAUCAACCUCCGCCAAAAAAGGCACCCUGGAGGCCACCAGGCAAACACCCCUAUUAAAGGAUGAGAGCUCCUGCAUCGUCUGCUCACACCUUUAAGCACCUGGCUGAUCAAAUACAGUGCAAUGAACACCAGAGAGCCAUCCUGAGCCCACUUUCUGCAGCCAGCCCGGGACACGUGCAUUCCCCCUCCCUUGCUGAUGUUCCCACUCUGCUCCUCACAUCCCCACAGAAGCUCCCUGGGCCAGCACUGCAAUGGGAGCAGGGAUCACUCAGGACUCAGCAGGCUCUAAACUCUCAGACAUGAAUCUGGGACAAGUCAUUUGAAGCAGUAUUUUAAAUUUUCUAAGCCUUCUUCCUGAGGAACAUCCCCUCGCUGCUGCCACAGGCAGGGGGUGAAGAGGCUGCCUGUCUGCAGGAUGGGAUGCAGAGCAGCAAAGGGCUGACAUUAUGGAUUCAGACACAUCUUUGACAUUUAGAUUUGUCUCUAAACCUCCCUCACCCUCAGGGAAAUCGUUUGUUUAGCUGGACCACAGAAUCCCUGUUCACAGGACACUAAGGGGGUUUUCCAUAGCUGCCACUGGCUGCAGAGGCCAGUGCUCUUCAGCUGGGCUCUGCUGCAGCCUCCUGCAGCUCCUCACACCUCAAAACAUAUCCCCUUACACCUGUUGACCCCUGUGCUGUCAGAGCUGGAGAUGUAAAGGAGAGCAGAGUUCAUUUUGCCCUUAGCUUGUGUGUGCUGAGAAGAGCCAAACAAAACAGCCCUGUGCUCCUCAGACUUCCACAAAUUAAAAGCCAUUUCCAGUCCACGUGAUCCAUGGGAAUGUGGUGGGAGCAUCAUGCUCAGAUGGUUCCUGUUCAAACUGCAGACUGACCUGCCUGUGCUUUCCCUGCUUCAGGGCAAGGUUAGCGUUACAUUAGGCUAAUGUCCCACCCAAGGGGCAAGCCCACGAUGGCCCUGGGGCUCAAAAUAAGGAGCAUGAGGUCAGCACGUCUCAGACCCUACAGCCCUUCCUAAAUAAGUGUCCACCCUGUCUGACUGCUCUUGUCCCCUCCAAAUGACCUCCUGCUGGAAGACACUCCUGAACAAACAAUUUCCCCUUUCAUACCAGGCUCAGUUUGCUAUGAGAAAGCUUUUGCCUUAAAAUCACCAGGUUUUGGCAACAAGCAGCUAAAAACAGAAGGAAGAAUUAAUACAGAGGAGGGGGCAUAGGAUGGAAUAACAGCUCAGAUGAAAUGGAAAAUAUUUCCAGGAGCGUUUUUAUUCCUCACAUAACCUCACGUUGUUUUGCACUUUUUUCCUUUCUCCUAUCCACUUGCACUCAAUGCACCCUCCCAGUCUGGAGCAGAGCCCUAUUUUUAGGGAGAUUUGAUCCAACUGAACUGAACCUUAGUGAACUCAAAAUGGUAACAGAGGGUCACAGAGCAGCUCCUGGGCACCACUGGGGCCACAGCCAGUGGAAUGUCACUGUCACCCUCUCUGGCUUCACUUGAGAUCCAUGGUGCAGAGGCAGCUUCAGGCUGAAAAAUCCAACUUGUGGCAGCUGCCCUGUUGUGUUCCAUGGUGCAGACAAGUGACAGUUGCUGCCUUGGAAAGGUUUUCAGGACAAGCUGCUAAGACUGAAUGAUGACAAGUGCUGGGGACACAAGAGAUGCUAUUCCCAGAUCUUGUUUCCAACCUUCUUGGCCCUGUCCUAUGGUUUAAAUUUGAUCACACAGGCUGUGAGGAGACCAAAAUUAUCCUCCAGUUUGUAGCUCACUUUCAGCUUCCAGGGAUGAGCACGGCACAAAUGGUUUUUCAGAGCAGUCCUACCAAAGCCAGUCCACCACUGCUGCUCAAAACUCCAGUGCAGUUGACAUUUUGCACUUGACCAAGGUGAUACACACAAAAAAGUUCCCAAAUUUUAAUAAUAAGAUUCAUACAUGCAAGAAACAGUUCCCAAAUCUUAGUAAUAAUUUCUAGCCUAGCCCUAUCCUUUCAGUCAGUGUCAUGCAGCCAAAAUUUUAAGACCCAAGCAGAAAAAUGAGUGCAUAAAACUUGCAGUCUGAGGUUUGAUAAUGACAAGACCAGAAUCUGUUGGAAGACUGCAAAGUUAAGUCUCACAAAAACAUCCAGACAAAUUACUUAAUUUCCAUACAAGUUCUCCUCUUCCAGAGUGGAUGGACACUUCAAAAGACAAAAAGAUACAGCAAGAAUUGUUUUCCUCUACUACAAAUCAAGCUGUUUGAAGAAUUUACAUAAACAGGAUGUAAAUGCCACACACAAAAGUGCAAUAAAGUUUUACUUUAGCCUCAGUGAGCAUAAAAUUGCAAGAUACACACUGAGAAAGCAGGCAGGGCACCAGCCUGACUUUCCUACAGAUCUGUCACUUAGUCCAGGAAAUAAAUGCUGCUUUUUUUUGUUCAAAGGCUUAAAUAGACACAUGGGCUGGUAAUAGAUGAUACCAACAGAAUCCUGGCAUCUGAAUGAAUUAUCUCUGUGCUCCCCUUGAUUCAGCUAAGGGUCAAAUCAGGCUUUUGUCAAAAUGAGGAACCUGAUGUAGUUGAGGGUGUCCCCAGUCAGUGCAGGGUGGUGAACUGGAAGAGCUUUGGAGAUCCCUUCCAACCCAAAGAGUUCUGUGAUAAAUCAAUCAUUCUGUGAGAAUCAUUCUGUAUGUUCAGUGUGGCUCCAGCCUCUCACCCACCGAGAGGACAGGCCAGAGCUCACCCGAGGUGUCAGGAGUGGCAGAAGGGUCGGUUCCAGGAGAGCAAACUCCGCAUCCCAGAGAUGCGAGCGAGGCAUGGGCUUGGCAGGGCCUCUAGCGGCCGCCUCAGAGCGGUGUCCAAACCUCUCACCGGCAACUUCCACACAGCUCCAACAACCCUGCUGUCCCCAGUCCUGAACCCACAGGGCUUUUUUAACAUUGGUCACAGGUACCCAGACCCGGGACACAGCCCAGGGCAGCUGCGGGGCCACUCCCAUCCCCAGGGCUGUAAUUUCAGAAGAGCCAGCGGCUGUUCCCUGUCACCACCAACCUGUUCCCCGCAUCAUAAACACCCCGAGGCAGGAGAGGUUUUCCUGGGAGUCCUCAAUUCCCCUGGUGGUGCUGCAGCAGCAGUUUGAGCUCUCAGUCAGCUGAGCAUGGAGCACAGGCAGCUUCACAGGAACCAGGAAUAGCGUCUGGCAGACAGGAGAGAUCAGCCAGCCCAAACGUGGAGUGAAAAGACCUUCAGGGAAAAAAAAAGUUCAGCCAAGUAAAGCCCACAGACACCAAAACUGUGAUGACCACAAGUCAAGUAUUUGAACAGUCUUGUCUGGAAAGGAAAGCCCCUGGGAAUGCAACCCAGGCUUCCUUUGCAGAGCUCCUGCGUGUGAACGGACAAAGCAACUCAACUGCUGUGAUUUCCUAUUUUGUGACCACUUUUAAAAUCCACCAUUGUGCCAGCAGAGAAGUAGUUCCAACAAAUCAGGAUCAAUCAGCACAGAUAUUUUAAUUUCCUGAAUUUGAAGUAUUUCCUUCCCUAAUGUCUCCUGUGUGAUUAUCAGCUGUUAUGAACUGCCAGAUGUACUGCUUGGCAUUAGUGAGUAAGGAAGGCACUUCAUUUUUCUCUUCUUGUACCCCAGUAAUACACUUCUGUGGGUAAUUUUUAUCUGAUGAUCUUUUUACACUGGUAAGUGCAGCUGUGCCAUGCCAGGCUUAAGGGAUGCCUUAUUUUGAACCCAUUCUGGUUAAGGGCAAGCUAAAUUCACUUUGUGCUUUGUUUUCAUUUUACUACCACAUGCUGUAGAACUAAUCCCAGUGCAGGGGUCCAAACAAUUUAUUGUCUCACUGAACUCUAAGAUGAUGUUUAUGGUAUUUUCUACAUAAAAUUCUCCAUAGACAUUACAAAACAUGCCAAAGCAUGUUCACAAUGUGCCACUUGCACAACUUAGACCCUUGUCUGGGUUGCCCAUAUUUAAGAAUUAUACUUAGUCCUUAAUUGGAAUGCUGAGGCUUGUGUAUGGAUUACUAAACUGCUUUGAGCAAUCUUUCAAAUAUUCAUUUAUUUCAAGAAGAGAAGGGAAAAAAACUCCAAACAAACAAAUAAAAACCAAUGAAAGACCAGAACCAGUGAGAAAGUGCCAGUCUGAGAAAAAAGCAAAACAAGAGAACAACCUUACCUCACCAGGUUAAGCUUAGAAAAAGUGGCCCCAAAAUUCCUCACGGUCUGAGGAAAUGUCCUCGUGUCUGCACUGUAUGGAAGGGAAAAGCACAGACAGAGCCAACUCCUGACAGCAGCCCCAGCUUUGCAAACAAGGCUCUGACAUUUCCAGCUAUUAAUUUCUCUAAUCACUGUGCAGUCCUGGCCUGCAGGAGCAAGGCCAUGCAGAAGCUCACGAGCAGACUUGCAGCACUGGACUGUUUGCAGUUCAUUUAUGGAUUAUACUGGCACAUUUUUUGGUGAGUUUGUUUGGCACAGAAGAAAAGAAAAAAGGCUUUGGCUCCAUGCAGAAAAAUGAGCUUCUAAUGGUGAAUCCUGUGCAAAGGGGCAGCAGCUCUGACCUGCUCUGGACUGUCCCAUCUGGGAAAAUGUUUGGACACUGAGCUCCCUUCCAUGUGUUUGGUCCCAAAAAGGUCUGGCAGGGAAUUUAACACAGAGUAGUGCAAAACAAUACAUUUUAUUUGUUCACAGUUAAACACAAGCAACUGCCUUGACAUUUUAGAACAUUCUAAUAAGGACAGCAAAACCUCCUUUUGGUUUAAGUUCUCUUUAGCUUACGAUUGUACCAUUUCCUCGUAUUUCAUAUUUAUGGCAUUUAAUGUGGAUUGUUUAACAUGCUUACAAAGAGCGAGGCAGGGAACAGAUUAACUUGACAAAGACAGCAAUUUUAGAUUUAACUAAAAGCAGUCAGUUAAAAAAAUCUGUUUCCACUUCACUGAUGGGACCCCUUCAAACAAACUGCAAGUUAACUACAUACAGCAGAUCCAUGAUUUUUAGACUUAGGAAAGAAAAUUGCAAAAUUUGUUCCUCCAUAAUCUUUGUGGUCCAUAAACAAACCUAAAGUGGUUUCCAUUACUAUCCUGGUACUAAAAUCCUGUUUAAAAGAAGAAAAAAAGCCACCUUACCAAAGAGCUUGCGUUGCUGCCAGGGCAUUUUUGUGACUGACACAAAACCUGCCUCUCCUGGGAACGCCAGACCCGGGCUGGGCAGAGCAGGAUGGGAAGGAGCUCCUCCACCAUUCCCAGCUGAGCUGGCCCAUCAGGCCCUUCGUGUGCAAACCGUUCACUGCCCAGGCUGGGAUCCAGUGGGAGAGGGGCAGGAAAGCUCCAAAUCCUAAACACGCUACCACGUUUGCUACCACUACGUCUGAGAAAGCCUAAAGACAAAACCAGGCUGCCACUUACAACCAACUCUCUAAUCUCUACUCCAUGCAGAGUCAGCUUUGACACAACCACUGAAGUUCACCUCUACUCUCAGAGUUCAGACUGACCAACUGAAAGGACACGGAGAAUAAUUUAAGACAGGCAGAAAUGUGUUCAGACCUUGGAGUUACGGAGGAGGCGGGAAGGGGAGCACGAGGCCUGGCAGCAGUGAGCUGAGCUGCUCUGACAGCCUCGUUCCCUCCCGGGCUAAGAAGGGAUUUGGACUACAAAUGCAAGUGUGCUUGGACUUGAUUUCUGUGUGAGGUGGUUCUUAAACAGCAGCUGCCACCCACAGAAUGUUUAGGAGAAGAGGCCACGAGUGAUGCAGGGGAAGUGUGAAGCCUGAACCAUCUGAGUACAGCUGGACCCAGCCACGGGGGACAUUUAAAACAAGCACUGCCUUCCUAACAGCAGGCCCUGUUCUGCCAGGAAGGAGAUUGAGUCUGACCACUGACAAGCCCUGAUCCCACAAUUCUCCUUCACAGAAGGCUCAUAAUUGACUUAAAACAUAAUUAAUACCAAAAGGCUUCACGCCAGGAUUCUGAUUUCAGUGUGAGCAGGAUUCCUCCUCAGCCUUGUCAUCUAAGGAAGUAGGAUGAGGGUGAAGGGGAGAGACCUAGAGCCAAAUUGACACUGCUGAACUCAAAAAUGCGCUGGAAUCUGAGUAGGAGGGCACUCAAAGGAAACCAUGCUCUCCAAGGCAAGCCUGAGAAGGUAUUGCCAGGAAGAAUGAAGCCAAUUUCUUGGACUCAAAACAUGGUGGUCUUGUUCAAACAAAGAACAAAUGAAGACGGGUGAGGCAGCACGUUUCCCUGAUUAGAGAAGCAAAUCCUCCUCUGCAGAUCUUCAUAAGCUUGGAAUUCUACCUCCAUGUUCUGCAUCCUCUCCCUGCUUGAGUAAAGCUUCCUCUUCCCUCUUCUCCCACCCCAACUGCUCUCCCAUACAAACCAGUGUGAGGUCAAUCAGGCAAACACUUCAAACACCAUGAAGAUCUGAAGCUGGUGCUUUAACAAGUCUUCAGCAUUUACGGUCUCUUCUGCAUUACAAGCUCCAGUUCCUUUUUGUCUGUUCAAAUGUAACUUCCCAGGAAAUGUUAAGGACAAUAUAAACAAUGAUCAUGAAUUAGGGUGAAUGAAUCAUUUUGCAGAGGUAUAAUGUUCUUUAAACAUUUGGGUAUUCAAUCAUACUCCAACUUAAUGAAGGCUGGGCUCUGAGGGAUGUGGGAGAGUGGACAGGCAAAAAUAGAGAAUGCACUGGAAAAUCCUAGUGCUGCUUCUUUCCAGGAUGAAAGGAACCAAAGUCACCUGGACAGGCAGCACAACCAACUGCUCUAAAUGGGAAGCUUGCAAAGAAAUACAAAGCAUUCAGAGUAAACUCACAAAUGUUAAUUUGGCCUCAUAUUGCACUCAAGUUCAUAAACGCAGCCACUCAACUGGGGACAGGGAGAAAGGG